AUUUCCGCCAUCAAAAUCACAAUCCGCCAAAACAUGUCCGUAUAAUGAAACUGAGUGGACGGAGAGAUCGAAAGAAUUUUUUUGUCAGGGGAAGGAAGUUUACCACUGUUUUCUUGCUGAAGACAAAGUAUCCGUCAAAGAAAAAUGUGUAGAAAAAACAACGAUGCUUAAAGGUUUUUGUCCAAUAUUCACAGACUUUGGUUAUUUACACUGGAGUCCAUGCAAUAGAACAGGGUGUCCCAACUCAACCUACACAAGUGAUAAAGUUUACAAAUACCGAGUGUGUUUUGGAGACACAGACAAAGCCAUUACCUACACUUCUGGUUUUAGUGAUGACGAAUCGACAUCUGGCGUGGGUCUCGGAAUUGGAAUUGGGGUCCUAGUAGUGAUAAUCUUAGUUGCUGUGAUAGUUGUUAUAGUAUGCCGCAAACUUACAUUAAAGAGCGACGAAAUUGAUGACAUACAAAAUGGGAUGAACGUUCUCCGGUCUGAAAACAUUCUUUAUAUAAUUGGAAAACUCGGAAAUUCUGUUUCCAUGGUCUGA